UGUGUUUAAACUUGCAUUCGGUCAUCUUGUAUUGGACAGAUCAGCAAUGGGAUGGACACACCGCCGACUUGCAAAAGGACUGCUAUUCUGGCCGGCACUGCUUGGAUUUGCUUUUUUGGGACCACGUUCAAGGUUGUGUCGCAUGGGCUUGGCUGGUAGUUCUGGUGAGACAUUGUCGUACCAAGAUGAGGAUUAUUGGGAACAGCGCUACAAGACCGGCGACAAAGGUGCCAAUCCUGAUCGUAUUGACGACCGUGGUAUUGGGUGGCUUUGCGGCUACAAAGGCCCCUUGCAGGAGACCCUGCAAGCCAUCACAGCUGGCGAUCGCAGCAAGGUUAUCCUGAAUGUAGGCUGUGGCUUAGAUCGGCUGAGUCCAGAAAUCUAUGCAGAUGGCUAUACCAAUUUGUUGAGCUCAGACAUCUCUGCGCACGCAAUUGCUGAAAUGCAGAAGUCAACUGCGGAAGAUAUGCCAAUGGCAAAGUGGCUUGUUGAUGAUAUUAUGGAUAUGAGUGUGCCUUCUGAAUCUGUGGACAUUGUGGUUGACAAGGGCACCUUGGAUGCUCUGCUGAUCCGUCCACAGCCCUUCAGCUGUGCAGCCAAAGCGCUGCGAGAGAUCCAGCGAGCGCUGAAGGUGGGCGGAAUCUACUUGAUGAUCACACAUGGGCGAGGUGACCCAGACGCAUGGCGCUUGCCACUGCUGGCGAUGCCGCACCUAUCUUUCAACGUUGCAAAGACGCCUGAUAUGGGUGGAUUUUUCAUUUUCGUGUGCACCAAGCUGCCGUCUGACUCGGGGGAUGCCGAGGAGGCCUGGCGCAAGGCUGAAGAGUGGGCACGGGAGCGUGAUCAGGAGGACCAAGAGGCAGAGUUUGCGGCGAUAGAUGAUGUCGGCCAAUAAGGUAAGAUUGGUAGCCAAAGUGCUCUGGCUUAUCUGAUAACUUCUUAAAUGUCUUCACAGGCCUUGGUGGAGUGUGUGAA